UUAUUUGUCUUCCGAGAGAUGCCUAAAGUUGAUAUAAAUUAGAGCUUAAUACCGUCAUUUCACUUUUUAAGAGUAUAAAAAGAUAGAAGCUGCCAAAUGUUAAAAGACUCUUCGCAACUAUAAGAAAAUGGAAAAGAAUCAACCCACUCCCGACUACAACAGAAUGUACAACGAUGACGAGUUUGGAUAUCCUGUGACAAAUCAACCCUACAUCUAUCCUGGACGUUCUCAACCCAUGUCUACAAUGGUACCAGUUCAACAACCUUAUGCAGAAACUGUGAAUAUACCAAACUAUUUUGCUAUAUCUUUGCUAUCUUGUAUAUUUUGUUGUUGGCCGGUUGGUAUUGCUGCUAUACUUAAAUCCCAGGAGGUUAAUAACGCACUUGCUGUCAACGAUAUUCCACGUGCUCGAAAAGCAUCAGACGCUGCUAAGAAAUAUGCCAUCAUUGCUUUUGUGCUUGGUUUGAUUCUUAUACCUGUCGUCGUUGUGACAAGAAUAAUGAUAGCAAGCCAACAAGAACAACGAUAGAAGUGUCAACAACACAAUACGACGACAAGUAUCUUAACAUACUAGCAUAUAGUUACAAACUAAUUGUCGCCCCAUACUUGAACAUUCGUUUAUCUGUUUUUAUUGAUUAUUAUAUUUAUUUAAUUGAGUAUCUUGGGAUUUGAAACAAAUAAUGAAAAAUAUGAAGUAUGGUUGAUUUUGGAGACUUUACAUGAAAUUCUUUCGCACAUUCCAAAUAUUACCAAAUAAGAAAGUGAGUUACACUGCCAUGGCACACAUUUUAUUUAGACUUUAUCUGACUAAUUUCAAUUAACGAAAAUUGGCCUUAGUAUUUUCUGUCCAUGUAUUUUUGUUAAAAUUGAUAUGUAACCCAAAACACGUCAUGCCAAGUUUUAAGUCAUUUUUUUAAGUUCUACUGAAGAUAUACGAAUUGUAUUUUAUUCAAAACGUAUGGUUUCAAUCGAAAUUUCUGUUUUAAA